AUGACCGCUUCUCCGUCCGCCGCUGAAUCAAUUCCAGAGGAAGUCAGAGUUCCGGAGCCCAAGCCCGUUAAUCAGACCAUUGCUCAGAUCCGCUCGCUUGCUGCCGGUGCUGCCGGUGGUGUGUGCGCCGUUGUUGUUGGACAUCCUUUCGAUCUGGUGAAGGUGCGCCUUCAGACGGCAGAGAAGGGCGUUUACUCUGGUGCUAUCGAUGUCGUGAAGAGGACUGUGGCCCGGGAGGGUCUCGCUCGAGGACUUUAUGCAGGUGUCUCUGCUCCCCUGGUGGGAGUCACGCCAAUGUUCGCUGUCAGUUUCUGGGGUUAUGAUGUGGGUAAAACGCUCGUCGGCAAAAUGUCCGAAGUUCGUGUAGAGAACAACACCCCUCAAUACACCAUUGGCCAAAUUUCCGCUGCGGGUUUCUUCUCUGCCAUUCCCAUGACCUUGAUCACGGCACCCUUCGAGCGCGUCAAGGUGCUCCUUCAGAUCCAGGGUCAGAACCCCCCGCCUCCCGGUCAGAAGCCCAAGUACUCUGGCGGUCUGGAUGUGGUCCGGCAGCUAUACCAGGAGGGUGGUAUUCGCAGUGUGUUCCGCGGUAGUGCAAUGACCCUCGCUCGUGACGGCCCUGGUUCUGCUGCGUACUUCGCCGCCUACGAGUACAUCAAGCGCACUUUGACUCCCAAGGAUGCGGAAGGAAAUGUCACUGGCCAGUUAUCCAUGCCAGCCGUCCUGGCUGCCGGUGGUGCUGCUGGUGUUGCCAUGUGGAUCCCUGUCUUCCCUGUCGAUACCAUCAAGUCUCGACUGCAGAGCGCGCCUGGUCGUCCCACAAUCGGCGGUACGAUUCGCACCGUCUAUGCCAACGGUGGCUUCAAGGCUUUCUUCCCUGGAUUUGGACCUGCUUUGGCAAGAGCCGUUCCUGCCAAUGCUGCUACUUUUGCGGGUGUUGAGCUGGCUCAUCAGUUCAUGACAAAGCUUUUCGACUAG